AUUAACAAUGAUUAACAAUGCCUUCAAACAGAAGCAUCAUAGUCAUUUCAACUAUGGAACAAAUGACCUCCAAGAUCUGGGACUUGGUCUCAGUGGGCUCAACUGGCCUCUGACACCAGUACCUGCAAAAAUAAGUAAGUUCACAUUUGUGUGAAGUCUUUUAUCCUUACUUGAUGAAUGAUUCAGCAAAGAUUCAUUUCACAAAAUUGCUCCAGAACUUAACUGCACCAAACUUUAUGGAGACUCCAGACAUUCUCGCUCAUGAUUAGUGUUUCUGAAGAUUCUUAUCGCAAUUGUGCACUCUAAACCUUUUUCUAAGACACUGGAGCUUUAAGGUUUAGCCAAUAUUUGGUGACUCCAAUGGUGGCUUAGACGGCAUUUAGCAAGACAAAAAGCAAGAUGUAUCUUAUAUACAGAAGCAUCUUGAUGUUGUCACUUAUCAAAAAUAUAGCAUACCUGAUCUCUAAGGCUGAUAAUUAUAGUUUUGAAGCAUUCUCCAAAAUAGAGAGAUCAUUAGCGUUCUUAAGUUUAAUAACAUUAAAUUAUUUUAAUUCCUCCCAGAAAAUGGAUUUCCAACUUGGCAAUCCAUGUCAAGUAAGCUUUGUGCUGUGGUUUAGUUUAUCUAGACAUACAAAUUAAUGUUUCGAUACUCAUUUUGUAUAGAUAAGCCAUAUUACAAAUUAUUGCAAACCCAAGGUGUUCCAAUUGGACCAAAAGUGAAUCCUUUAGGCUCUAACAAAACCUCAAUGAACACUCACAAAAUUAUGGGGAGUUCACUCAAAUCUAUUUCUAAAAACCAUGAGUUAUCAGCCUUCAGUUUGGUGAAGCCAAGAGUCCCGCUUAAACCUAGAAAUACUAUUGACUACACCAGUCAGACCCAAUGAAGUUCUGUUAGAAAACUUGAAGAUGACCCCAGUGUUGAUGAAGAAAGCAAAGAUUCUCCAACCAGAGAUGAGUCCAAUCAAGUUUCUAAAGUUAUUCCAAGAACUUGCAAACCUUCGACCAAUCGUUCCAAACACAAGAUGGAUUUUCCAAAGAAGAAGCCCCAAUCCGAUACCAACACAAGAGAUGACGUUCUACACAAGACGUUGUUCAGAGCGGUCAAGAAGUUCUACAGUCAAGAGUGCUGAAACACUAGACACGUCUUCGCUCACUCGAAGAACCAAGAGUCCCAAAUCCUGCAGAAGAUUGACCAAGUCUGCAAGACCAGGUUUGCAAGCCUAUUCUCGGAGGCUGAAAUCGAAGAGGCAGCUCCUCUGGAACUUCUUGCUCUUGACAAGAAACAACUAGCCGAGUUUCCGCUGAACGACUUCUUCAUGGCCAAGCUCAUGGUCGCAUCCAUCUCAGCAAGAAUGAUCAUGAAGAAGUACAUCGGAAAGUAUGAAGUGCGGAAGGUCUACGUCAAGUACUACAACGUGCUCAACAAGUACUCUUAUGGCAAGCUCGUCAACUUGUUGACUUUGAAGCCGUUCCAGACAGUGUUCAAGGAAUUUCUGACUUCAUCUGAGUUUGCUCAGAUGCUAAGAGAAGACAAGACUCUGAAGAAGCAUCAGGACUUGUACAAGGCCAAAGCCCAAGAAUUCUUGGAAACCAUUGGCCAGAUGGAGGCAGGCACUUACUAAGUUAAUUGUUCUUCUCUGAUAAGCAUUCUUUUAUAAACUUACAAGUGAAAUAGCUGUUUCAAGACUUAUUUUUAUCCUACCAAAGCAUUUCCCCCCGGUUUUAAAGUUCUCUUGUUUUAUUCAUAAUUUUUAUAACGAGGAUGAUUGGAAAGCAUGAUUCUUUGAUAAAUUUAAUCGAUUUCCAAGAAGAGGCUAUAGCUUGUUCACUUCAAAUUUCAGAAGAUUUUACAAGGUAUUAACUUACCUCUUCACUGUCUUCACGAUUUUAGUUUUACUAUCCAGAAUUUAGAAGAUUUAAUGCAUCAAACGGUUUAUGUAAAACAUUGAGUGGAAUUUUUUGAUAACUUGAAUUUUCUGCUUAAAUUAAAUCUGGUAGUUUCGAAAAUUUACUUACUUCCAAGCUUAACCUACCUAGGUAUUAAGUUGGAAGCUUAGAGUAAGGAAAUGGUUUUAACGAGGAUUAAUAAAAUCUUGGCAUAUGAUCAGGAUAUUGUUUUUGUAGGGACUUGCAGAGGGAGAUCAGGCUUUUUAUAUCGGUUUUCAAUAAUAACACUCAUGUUAGGAAGUUUCUGCAAUCAUGCUAACAUUUGAAGGAGGAGAGCCAGGACUAGGCUUUCUGUCUGCCUAUGAAGAUAUGUCUUAAUACUAAUUUUUCGAGUGGUAUGCAUAAGUUUAGCAGCCUGCUAUGAUUAGCGUUUGAUGUUACCAACAUUUUGAGAAAUCUUUUAACCAAAACCUAUCCAAUUUUAUUGAGAAGACUCGAAGAGUAGUAAUGGAAGGAAAAUUAGGAAUAUUACGAAGAAGACCUACUUGUCUUAAUUCUUCCCUUAUUCUUUGUAAAAAAUAGGAGUUUUUAGAACUUAUCCUCCAUUUUUUAUUUUGACAAUUUAAAACAGCUGAUAGCUAAACUUUAACCAACCCUAAAUUUUUUUAUCAAAAAUAAAGAAGUUGCUACUUGGACCUCUAGCUCGUAUCUUCUUUAUUAUAAUUAUCAAAAAGGAUAUCGUAAGGAAAGAGAAUAUUUCUAAACACCUCCUUGCUAGAUUCGAAAAUUAUCUUACCACCUAUUUCAAACCCUUAUGUUCAAUUUCAAAAUCUCAGUCACCUAUUUUAUUUCCUGGGCAACUAUCUUGCCAAAACAGAUCUUCCUUGGAACUAAGAAUGAAAAUUUCCUAGGAAAGAGUACUAUGCUUAGCUACAUUAACCCAAUAGCUUUGCUUGCUCUUUUCUGAGAUAUUUAUCCUGAAAUACAUCUCUAACUUGUUUGUCUAAAAUAGUUAAAAGUUAGUUAAUUUUUCUCUGUGUGAGAAAUCAAAAUUUUGAAAUUGUCACCAUGUGUUCAUGUCAAUGUAAAAUUUGGAACUUAAUAACACCAGCAAGUUAUUAAUGGAAUGGAAUAGAGGAAUAGAAUCCUAAAAGAUGCAUCAGAUUCUUAAAUAGUUCUAGACCACUCGUGAACCUUCAUGGUUACCAGGGGCUGAGGAUAUGGCCCUUGGUGAGUAUAUCUGAAGGAAUCAUAAGCCAAGGAGAAAACUAUUUCCCUGAUUUUGCAAGGAACUUGGAAGACGCCUUGUGAUUUGUUGUAUAUCAAAUGUUAAUACCAUAAAAUAAACAUAAGUCCUUCAAAGUUUAGCGUAUUUUUAGCUAAUAAUUGAGUGUUUUUUGGCAUUCUGCUAUCAUGCCUCCAGAUGAGUUCCGCUCUAGAUCAUAUAUUCCUGAUGAUGCUUAGAUGCCAACUCUAACAGCCUGCAUUUCUAAUGAAAUGAAUAGGUCAAGGACAUCAAGAAUCGCACUUAAGGGCUUGAAGCAAACCUAGAUACUCUAAUAAGUAUCCCAGACUAAAUUCAAAUGUUGGUUAUCCAGAAGAGAUCUUAGGCUCUAAAAUAUCCGUAAGUAGAUUUUUUUUGUGUUUACUAUUUUUUGAGAGAUAUUCAGACAUUAAGAUUCCUCAUGGAUCUAUUUAAAUUCAGGGUAGCAUUCCUAUUAAUCCCUUGGGCUUUAAUUCGAGAGCGAGGGUUUACUCAUUUUGAAAUUAUAUUUUCAGCAUUCUUUU